UUAGUCCCCAUUUGCUCACACACAGCUAGCGAGAGAAAGAGAGAGUCUCUUAACAAAAGAAAGAAGCUUGUCUGAGUCUGUCCUUUUGCUUGCUUCUUCCUACACUAACUAUGGCUGUUGUUACAAGGGUUCUUGUUGCUUCGCUACUUCUUGUUCUCUCUCUUCUCCUUCUCCUGCAAGUUGAGGCUGACCAAGUGCGGAACCCCACCAAUGGCACACAUAGCCCUCUUCCUAAGACAACGACCAUAGAUUGUGGAGCGUCAUGUGUAGCGAGGUGCCAACUAUCUUCAAGGCCUCGCUUAUGCAACAGAGCUUGUGGGACUUGCUGCUUUAGAUGUCAAUGCGUCCCUCCAGGCACCUCCGGCAACUACGACGCCUGUCCUUGCUACGCCAACAUGACCACCCAUGGCAACCAACGCAAAUGCCCUUAAAUAUUAGAGGAAACCCAUCAUUUUCUCAACCCUACAUAUAUAUAGCCUUUCCCUUCCCCUGCCUAGCUACCCCUUCCCUAUAGCUACCUUUCUUCUUCUUUAUGUAAAAUGAGGCAACCUUCUUUUUCUCUUUCUUCUUCUACUUCUUGUUGUUGCUGCUUUUGUUAUUAUCAGGAAAUAAUAAUAUAAAUAUUGUGUGAA